ACCUUCUACCGCCCAAACAUCUGGAGGUGCAACAGGCUUCCACUUGCCCUCUGGAUGGAGAAGACCGUCAACCGAUGGAGAUGAUACCGAUACUGCAAAUAGUGGACAACCACGAAGUACCCCUCAAUUACACGAAUAUCCGCCUGACGAUAAGAGUGCCUUGCGCUCCAGGAAUAGUCGAAGAAAUGUGGACAGGAUCGAUGAGGGCACUGAUAUCCUCAGUGACGACGAUUACGUUCCACCAGUACGAGAAGACAUUUUCCCACCAGAACGACCUGAAGAUGUGACGGACACAGAGGCGCUUGGUUCCUGGGACCGGCGCGUCGUCGUAGAUCAUCCAUAUGCAACUGCCCAAAGUCCGCAUAUAGAUUCUUAUGAUGACGCAGGCAGACGAAUCCGAGGACCAUCCGUCUCGCACCCUUAUUCUGACCCUCUCAACUCUAACGGCUCCUAUCCACCUACAUCUUUCUCAAGCCGUGACAGGAACGAGAGAAGACCCAACAGUCGACGGAGAGCGGCUGAGGAAUCGCCCACGAUCAUUCGACACACCGACGCCGGACGUAUAGGGACGGAUGAUGACGACGAAAGUAUGGAGGCGGGUAGAAGGCGAAGAGUUGUCGAGUUGCCCCCUGCCUAUGGCGAAAUUUCAGACGGAAGGAAUGGAAGAUCGCGGGAGAGAGCAUAA